AUGGGGAAGCUGCGCCGGCGGUAUAACAUCAAGGGGCGCCAGCAGGCCGUCCCCGGCUCUUCGAAGGCCCCCCCCGAGCCGCCCCCCGUGCGGUUGGAACUAGAAGACCAGGGCACAUUGAAAGGAGUUGAUGCAAGCAAUGCGCUUGUCCUGCCGGGGAAGAAGAAGAAGAAGCCCAAAGCCCCACCCCUGUCGAAGAAGGAAAAGAAGCCUCUGACCAAGAAAGAGAGGAAAGCGCUGCAGAAAAUCUUAGAGCAGAAGGAGAAAAAGAGCCAGCGAGCAGAGAUGCUGCAGAAAUUGAGUGAAGUCCAGGUUUCGGAGGUCGAGAUGAGACUUUUUUAUACCACAUCGAAGCUGGGCACUGGGGAGCGCAUGUACUACACCAAAGAGAAACCCAGUGAGAUUGCAGCCCAGGGUCAGGAGAAGAUCAGCAGCCUGAGUGGGGCCCACCGGAAGCGGCACUGGCCAUCAGCAGAGGAGGAAUCCGAGUCCUCGGAGGAGGAGUCUGAGCCUGAUGAGGCCCCAGCCCCCGAGCAGGCUGGGGCUGGUGCAGGGACAGCAACAGCAUGUAUGCCGCCAGCUCCACUGGGGACCAGGGAUGAGAGCACAGUGCCCGGCAGUCAGCUCUCCCUGGCUGGGACUUCUGCCCCCUCCCCUCCAGCAGUAGCCUCUGCCCUGGCCAGGCCCCCAGCCAAGCCCGCCAUAUUCAUCCCUGUGAACCGCUCCCCAGAAAUACAGGAAGAACGGCUAAAGCUCCCCAUUCUCUCUGAAGAACAAGUGAUCAUGGAGGCUGUGGCCGAGCACCCCAUCGUCAUUGUGUGUGGCGAGACUGGCAGCGGGAAGACCACGCAGGUGCCUCAGUUUCUCUAUGAAGCUGGUUACAGCAGAGACGACAGCAUCAUCGGAAUCACAGAGCCCCGCCGUGUGGCCGCUAUGGCCAUGUCCCAGCGAGUGGCCAAGGAGAUGAAUCUUUCCCAGCGGGCCGUCUCCUACCAGAUCCGGUAUGAAGGAAACGUGACCGAAGAGACCAGAAUCAAGUUCAUGACAGAUGGCGUGUUACUCAAGGAAAUCCAGAAGGACUUCCUGCUGCUGAAGUACAAGGUGGUGAUCAUUGACGAAGCUCAUGAGAGGAGUGUAUACACGGACAUCCUCAUCGGCCUUCUGUCCCGUAUCGUGUCUCUCCGGGCAAAGAGGCACCUGCCACUGAAGCUGCUUAUCAUGUCGGCCACACUGCGGGUAGAGGACUUCACCCAGAACCAGCGGCUCUUUGCCAAGCCACCCCCAGUCAUCAAGGUGGAAUCCAGGCAGUUCCCAGUGACGGUGCAUUUUAACAAGCGGACACCAAUGGAAGACUACAGUGGCGAGUGCUUCCGGAAGGUCUGCAAGAUCCACCGGAUGCUGCCUGCAGGCGGCAUCCUGGUGUUCCUGACGGGGCAGGCAGAGGUACACGCACUGUGCCGCAGGCUCAAGAAGGCCUUUCCAGCCCGCAGGCACUCACCCUUUCCAGGAACGGAAGAUCAGAGAGACUCAGUGGAAGAAAUGCGGAAGUUUAAGAAGUCUCGGGCGAGGGCCAAGAAGGCUCGGGCUGCGACGCUGCCCCAGAUCAACUUGGAUAACUACUCGGUGUUGCCAGUGGGCGAAGGCGAUGAAGACAGGGAGGCAGAAAUGGAUGAUGAAGAGGAAGCCCCUGGCUCUGAUCUUGACCUGGACUUAGGGGACGAUGGAGCAGACACAGGUGAGGAGCUGGAUGCCUCCCUCCCACUCCACGUGCUCCCCCUCUACUCCCUGCUGGCCCCGGAGAAGCAGGCACAGGUCUUUAAACCUCCCCCAGAGGGGACGCGGCUGUGUGUAGUGGCCACCAACGUGGCUGAGACAUCCCUGACCAUCCCCGGCAUCAAGUACGUGGUGGACUGUGGGAAGGUAAAGAAGCGCUACUACGACCGUGUCACUGGCGUGUCCUCCUUCCGCGUCACCUGGAUCUCCCAGGCGUCGGCUGACCAGCGGGCUGGCCGAGCGGGCCGGACGGAGCCAGGCCACUGCUACAGGCUAUAUUCAUCUGCGGUUUUUGGUGACUUUGAGCAGUUUCCUCCUCCUGAGAUCACCCGGAGGCCCAUUGAAGACUUGAUCCUACAGAUGAAAGCUCUCAGCAUUGAAAAGGUCAUCAACUUCCCCUUUCCAACACCUCCCUCCAUGGAGGCCCUCAUCGCUGCCGAGGAGCUGUUGAUUGCGCUGGGGGCCCUGCAGGCACCCCAGAAAGCAGAAAGGAUGCAGCAGCUGCAGAGGUCCCGUCUGAGCUGCCCCAUCACCACGCUGGGCAGGACCAUGGCUGCGUUCCCUGUGGCACCCCGCUAUGCCAAGAUGCUGGUGCUGAGCCAGCAAUAUGGCUGCCUGCCCUACGCCAUCACCAUCGUGGCCGCCAUGACAGUGCGUGAGCUGUUUGAGGAGCUAGACAGACCAGCUGCCAGUGAUGAGGAACUCACCAAGCUGAAGUGCAGGCGGGUCCGGGUGGCCCAGAUGAAGAGGACCUGGGCAGGACAGGGAGCUUCUUUGAAACUCGGCGAUGUCAUGGUGCUGCUGGGUGCCGUGGGAGCCUGUGAGUAUGCUGGCUGCACACCCCAGUUCUGUGAGGCCAAUGGGCUGCGGUACAAGGCCAUGCUGGAGAUCCGGCGCCUCCGAGGCCAGCUGACCACUGCAGUCAACACUGUGUGCCCUGAGGCCGGGCUCUUUGUGGAUCCCAAGAUGCAGCCGCCCUCCGAGAGCCAGGUGACCUACCUGCGGCAGAUGGUGACGGCCGGCCUGGGCGACCACCUGGCCCGCAGGGUGCAGAGUGAGGAGCUGCUGGAUGACAAGUGGAGGAAUGCCUACAAGACCCCUCUCCUUGAUGACCCCGUCUUCAUCCACCCCAGUUCCGUCCUUUUCAAAGAGCUCCCUGAGUUUGUGGUCUACCAGGAAAUUGUGGAGACCACCAAGAUGUACAUGAAAGGCGUCUCCACCGUGGAGAUUCAGUGGAUCCCAGUCCUACUGCCUUCUUACUGCCAGUUCGACAAGCCCCUGGAGGAGCCGGCCCCUGCCUACUGCUCCAAGAGCGGCAGGGUUCUGUGUCACCGGACCAGCGUUUUCUAUCGCGUUGGCUGGCCACUCCCUGCUGUCCAGGUGGAUUUUCCGGAGGGCAUUGACUGCUACAAGCACUUUGCCCGGUUUCUGCUGGAAGGGCAGGUCUUUCGCAAGCUGGCCUCAUACCAGGGCUGUUUGUUGUCCAACCCCAGCACAAUGCUGAAGACAUGGGCCAGGCUGCAGCCCAGGACAGAGAGUCUCCUGAGAGCCCUUGUUGCAGAGAGGGCAGACUGCCACGAUGCCUUGCUAGCUGCCUGGAAGAAAAACCCCAAAUACCUGCUGGCCGAAUACUGUGAGUGGCUCCCGCAGGCCAUGCAUGCCGACGUUGAGAAGGCCUGGCCCCCCACCUCUUGCUGACCCGAUGCCUGGCUGCAGGGCUGAAGACUGGUUUGGACUGAGGGAGCUACCAGCGUCCACUUUCCAGUGUGGUCACCCUGGCCCCCUGGCCUGCUCCCAGGAGGCAUCUCAAACCCCUGCAAACCGUC